AUGAAAGGCUGGUGGGUGAAAGUUGGGAGUCUCCAGAGCUCAGAGGUUCCCAGUGAUCAGUCUGCACAGCAGCAUCAAACACAGCUGGACUCCAUAUUUAUGCUGCUGGAGGAGAACAUCGUCACUUUUGUGAAGAAUGAGCUGAAGAGAGUCCAGAGGGAUCUGAGUCCAGAUGACCCAGAAUGCUUAGAGAGUCAGAGUGAGGAUGAGGAGGUGUUGGAUCGUGAGGAGGAAGAGCAGAGGAGGAGCAGCAGAGAGGCAUUUCUGAAGAUCACAGUGCACUUCCUGAGGAGAAUGAAGCAGGAGGAGCUGGCUGAGCGUCUGCAGGGAGCUCAUGCUGCAAAGUGUCGACGUACACUCAAGUCUAACCUACAGAAGAAGUUCCAGUGUCUGUUUGAGGGGAUCGCUAAAGCAGGAAACCCAACCCUUCUGAAUCAGAUCUACACACCGCUCUACAUCACAGAGGCAGGGACUGCAGAGGUCAAUGAUGAACAUGAGGUCAGACAGAUUGAAACAGCAUCCAGGAAACCAGACAGACCAGAAACAACAAUCAGACAAGAAGACAUCUUUAAAGCCUCACCUGGAAGAGAUGAACCAAUCAGAACAGUGAUGACAAAGGGAGUGGCUGGCAUUGGGAAAACAGUCUUAACACAGAAGUUCACUUUGGACUGGGCUGAAGACAAAGCCAACCAGGACAUACACUUCACAUUUCCAUUCACUUUCAGAGAGCUGAAUGUGGUGAAAGAGAAAAAGUACAGCUUGGUGGAACUUGUUCAUCACUUCUUUACUGAAACCAAAGAAGCAGGAAUCUGCAGGUUUGAAGAGUUCCAGGUUGUGUUCAUCUUUGACGGUCUGGAUGAGUGUCGACUUCCUCUGGACUUCCACAACACUGAGAUCCUGACUGAUGUUACAGAGUCCACCUCAGUGGAUGUGCUGCUGACAAACCUCAUCAGGGGGAAACUGCUUCCCUCUGCUCGUCUCUGGAUAACCACACGACCUGCAGCAGCCAAUCAGAUCCCUCCUGAGUGUGUCGGCAUGGUGACAGAGGUCAGAGGGUUCACUGACCCACAGAAGGAGGAGUACUUCAGGAAGAGAUUCAGAGAAGAGGAGCAGGCCAGCACCAUCAUCUCCCACAUCAAGACAUCACGAAGCCUCCACAUCAUGUGCCACAUCCCAGUCUUCUGCUGGAUCACUGCUACAGUUCUGGAGGAUGUGUUGAAAGGCAGAGAGGGAGGAGAGCUGCCCAAGACCCUGACUGAGAUGUACAUCCACUUCCUGGUGCUUCAGUCCAAACUGAAGAACAUCAAGUAUGAUGGGGGAACUGAGACAGAUCCACACUGGAGUCCAGAGAGCAGGAAGAUGAUUGAGUCUCUGGGAAAACUGGCUUUUGAGCAGCUGCAGAAAGGCAACCUGAUCUUCUAUGAAUCAGACCUGACAGAGUGUGGCAUUGAUAUCAGAGCAGCCUCAGUGUGCUCAGGAGUGUUCACACAGGUCUUUAAAGAGGAGAGAGGGCUGUACCAGCACAAGGUAUUCUGCUUCGUCCAUCUGAGCCUUCAGGAGUUUCUGGCUGCUCUUCAUGUCCAUCUGACAUUCAUCAAGUCUGGAGUCAAUCUGCUGGAAGAAGAACAAACAACAUCCAGGUGGUCCGAAGCCUUUGGAGACAAAUCAACACGUUUCUACCAGAGUGCUGUGGACGAGGCCUUAAAGAGUCCAAAUGGACACCUGGACUUGUUCCUCCGCUUCCUCCUGGGUCUUUCACUGCAGACCAAUCAGACUCUCCUACGAGGUCUGCUGACACAGACAGGAAGUAGCUCACAGACCAAUCAGAAAACAGUCAAGUACAUCAAGAAAAAGAUCAGUGAGAAUGUGUCUGCAGAGAGAAGCAUCAAUCUGUUCCACUGUCUGAAUGAACUGAAUGAUGGUUCUCUAGUGGAGGAGAUCCAACAGUACCUGAGAUCAGGAAGUCUCUCCACAGAUAAACUGUCUCCUGCUCAGUGGUCAGCUCUGGUCUUCAUCUUACUGUCAUCAGAAAAAGAUCUGGACGUGUUUGACCUGAAGAAAUACUCUGCUUCAGAGGAGGCUCUUCUGAGGCUGCUGCCAGUGGUGAAAGCCUCCAACAAAGCUCUGUUGAGUGGCUGUAAUCUCUCAGAGAGAAGCUGUGCAGCUUUGUCCUCAGUUCUCAGCUCCCAGUCCUCUAGUCUGAGAGAUCUGGACCUGAGUAACAACAACCUACCAGAUUCAGGAGUGAAGCAGCUGUGUGCUGCACUGGAGAGUCCACACUGUACACUUGAAAUUUCCAGACUGAGUCGCUGUAAUCUCUCAGAGAGAAGUUGCUCAGCUCUGUCCUCAGUUCUCAGCUCCCAGUCCUCUAGUCUGAGAGAUCUGGACCUGAGUAACAACAACCUGCAGGAUUCAGGAGUGAAGCAGCUUUCUGCUGGACUGGAGAGUCCACACUGUGGACUGGAAACUCUCAGUCUGUCAGGAUGUUUGAUCACAGAGGAAGGCUGUGCUUCUCUGGCCUCAGCUCUGAGC